AUGCUUGACAAUGGUCAAUACGCCAGGAUGACCACUACCAACAAAUCAUACAAACUGAACAACGAUAUCACUGUCACACAGGAACAAAUCGACCAUUGGAACUCCCAAUUAUCGCAGGUUUCCACGCCGCAGGAGAUCCUACAAUGGUCUCUGAUCACUUUCCCUCACUUGUUCCAAACCACUGCGUUUGGUCUUACGGGUCUCGCUACUAUUGAUAUGCUUUCUCGCUUAAUCAGUGCUGAUAACAAGAUUGUGCCCUUGAUCUUUAUCGACACUUUGCAUCACUUCCCUCAAACAUUGGAUCUACUUGCUCGUGUCGAAGAGAAGUACUACAAACCUAGAGGACAGAAAGUACAUGUUUUCCAACCAAAAGAUGUGACUUCGGAAAAAGAGUUUGCAGACAAGUACGGCGACUUCCUUUGGGAGAAGGACGAUGAUAAGUACGAUUUCUUAGUGAAGGCAGAGCCUGCUCAUAGGGCCUACAAGACAUUGAACGUUACUGCUGUGUUUACAGGACGUAGAAAGUCUCAAGGUGCUCAAAGGUCGGAGUUGCAAUUCGUGGAGUUGGAUGAAUUGAACGGUAUUGUCAAGAUUAACCCCUUGGCUAACUGGGAUUUCAACCAGGUGAAACAGUACGUGGAUGAGCAUAAAGUCCAAUAUAAUGAAUUGCUGGAUUUGGGCUACAGAUCCAUCGGUGAUUACCAUUCCACGCAACCUGUUAAAGAGGGUGAGGACGAAAGAGCAGGUAGAUGGAAGGGGAAGGCCAAGACAGAAUGUGGGAUCCACGAGACCAGCAGGUUCGCCCAGUUCUUGAAAGAGAAGGCCAAUGAGUGA